AAUUUUCUAAAAAUAAAAUCUAAAAAGAAAUAAUAAAUAAAAAUCAUGAAUAAAUUAUUUUUCGUAAUACCUAUUUUGGCUUUAAUCAGCUCUACAGUUUUCUUAUUACAAAGAUAAACAAUUGAGCUCUAAAAUAUAGUUCCUGUUACUUUUAAUUAAUAUCAAAAGUGCAUAGAAAAUAUUUCCACUGACUACACCUGUCAUUAGAGCAAAGAGUACAUUGAGAUCUAAAAACUUUUUAAGGAACAAAUUUAUUCUGAUUAAGCCCCUGAGAGUUGUUCCUAAUUCAUAGUUUAUAAAUCAAUGUUUACUCUUACUGAUCAAGAAGUCAACAAAAAUUAAUACUUUGAAGAUUGCUUCAUCAAUGAAAAAGUAAGAGCUAUUGCCAAUAGAAAUGAGUGCUUUUUCAAAUAAGUUUAUGCUCCUUAAUAUCUUCUUUGUGGUGGCUUUGACAUAUAUGCUUAUCCUCCAUACACUACUUAUUAAAUUUAAAACUGA